AUGGAGGGAACAAGCAAGAUUCUGAGAAGAUCAGUCCACACAUUCCUCCGAAACUACCAAUACUUCACCACAAUUUCUGCAUCUCUUGCAUUGCCAUUCUCAGUCUUAUUCCUCAUUUCACAAGCCUUCUUCAUUCCUUCAUCUUCCUCACCAAGUCUUCUUCUUCCGCAGCUCCUCCGCAAUCACUUCCAAGCUCUCUUCAGAGCUGCUGGGUUCCCAACAUCGUCAGGAUUCUUCACCAUUCUCAGCCUGAAGCUCUCAGAGACGGUCACGUCGUCCAUCUUCACACUCCCUCUCACCACCACCUUCCUCCUCAUUGCCAAAUCAUCCGUGAUUCGGCUCAUUGCCCAAGUCAAAGCCAACCCGUAUCUUCCUUAUUCACUCCCUCCUGAUCUUUUGUCAGCCUACACACCCCUCCUCCGUACCUACGUCUAUGGGUACUUGGUCAUUCUCUCCGCCAACGCAACCACAUUCUUCCUCCUGUUUUUGGGUUUCAACUGUCUUGAAGGAUUUCAAUUGUCUGCUCCAGAGCAUUCCCUUUCGUCGCCGGUGGUAGCAGCCAUCGUUUACUCCGUGAUCAUCGCAAACACUUUCAUAAUCUGCAACUUGGCACUGGUGUUAUCAGGGAUUGAGAAGCACGGAGGGAGUCUCGCCAUCAUAAAGGCCUAUUUGAUGAUGAGGGGAAGAAGAGCAACUGCAUUAUCAGUUGCAGUGAUUGGAAAUUUCGCCUUGGCUGCGACAGAAGCAUUGUUUCGUUACCGGGUCGUAGCACCGUAUCAUGCGUCAGGAAGCUUCAGCUUAGGAAUUUUGCUGGAGGGAUGCUACAUUGCUUAUUUGUAUUCGGUCCUCAUUGUUCUUGACACUAUUGUCACCUGCACAUUCUUAAGAAGCUGUCAGGUUGAAGACCUGAUAAAUUGCGAAGACAAAUUCUAUUGCCAGAUCCAAAUUUUGGAGGCCACCGGUGGCCCAUAUGACAAUUCCCUGAAGAAUACAGACCCACUUCUGAAUUCAGAGUCGUGA